CUCGAACAGACAUAAACUUUAUAUAUUUUCAAAACAAUUAUAUUAUCGUGCAGAGAUUAAUACAUAAUAUUACUAAGGAAAUAUGUCUUUUAGUAGCAGUGCGUUGGAAAAGAAACUAAGUGAAUUAUCGAGCUCUCAGCAGAGCAUACAAACUCUCUCGUUAUGGUUAAUUCAUCACCGUAAACACGCAAAAACUGUAGUCGAUGUUUGGUCAAAACAGCUUUUAAAAGUUAAACCAGCCAAGAAAAUGACCUUCAUGUAUCUUUGCAAUGAUGUCUUACAAAAUAGUCGAAAGAAGGGAACCGAAUUCAAUAAAGAAUUUGUAACCGCUCUCCCCAAUGCUAUUAGUCAUUGUUCUAAAGAGUUCUUACCUGAAAUGCAAAAAUCGUUGGAAAGAAUUAUUGACAUUUGGUCCCAGAGAGGUGUCUACGAAGCAGGAGUUAUUGAGAAGUUUCAAGCCUCACUUGCUUCCAAAACCUCAUCACCAGCAGCAAAACGCUCACGGAUUGAACCACCUUCAAAUGAGGUUGAUCAAGUGGACAACCAGAAUAAUGAUGAACAUAAUGAAAAUGAUGAGUCGGAAGAUGAUGAAACUGCUGAACCUCCAGAAUCCGACUAUCUUAUCAAAGCGCUUAAAGAUUUGGAACGCAGUGCAUCACAGGAUGCAGAGGUGCGCGAGAGGAUAGCUAACCUUCCUACCGAAGUGCAAGAUGCAUCUGGUUUGGAGAAAAUACAAGAUCGUGAAAGUGCAGAGAAACUAGCAAAAGUUGUGGAGAGUGCAUGUGUUUUACUUGCAGACUACAAUGGUCGAUUAUCAGCAGAACUUGAAGAUAGAACGACUGUGUGCAAAAUGCUCAAAGCAUAUCUGUCCUCUCAAAAGAAAAAAGUUGCUGAUUGUGAUAAACGCAUCGAGAAAUACAAGGCGAAGUUAGAAAAAGUUGCGCUAGUGAGGAAGGAGCUACGUGCCCAUCUAGACAAUCUUCCUGAUUUAAGUCUUCUACCUGACGUCACUGGCGGUUUAGCGCCCUUGCCGUCCGCGGGCGACCUUUUCGCGAGGUGACUUUAGGAGAAUAUAUUUGUGUAAAUACUAAAUAUCAUGAUUUUAAUUUUCAAGUCUAACAUACAACUUCGAUUCUUAGUCUCAAUAUUUAUAACAUUACAUAAAAAUGAAUUUUACUGCUGUCUCAGAGCUGGUUUAUAACAUUUUAACCAACCUUAAACAAUGCUGGAAACGUUUUUGUCAGAAAAAAUAUUUGUUAAUAAAAAUUGACUCUACAA